CAUCGGAAUUGGGUAAUCAGCGCGAAGUGGAUCCAGAAUGCAUUUCGGAGUCUUGGGUAGCGGUAUCAUCGGUCUUACGACCGCCCUGGAACUCCAGAGGGAGUUUCCCACGGCUCGGGUUUCCGUGAUAGCUGAUCGUUUCAACGAGGAUACGGUAAGCUAUGUGGCGGCUGGGAUCUUCCGUCCGGGAACCAGCUUCAUGGGCCCCACCCAGGAAAUUACGCAACAAUGGAUGACAGAUGCCUUCAACUACUGGGAUGAGCUGCGUCGCUCCAAGGAGGCUCCUUUGGCAGGCGUUUGCCAGUUGUCCGGCUAUAUUUACUCCCGCACCUCGCCCAACAUCGUACGGAACCACUUUAUUGAAAAGCUACUGCCCGUCUACCGGAGGGCCACGGAGGAGGAACUGAAGCUGUGCCACGGCGGCUGGAAGUACGGAUCUUUCUUCACCACCUGCCUCACGGAGAGUCGUCUUUUCCUGCCAUAUGCCACAAAAAAAUUCCUGGAGAACGGAGGUGAGGUGGUGCGCCAGCACGUGAAGAACUUUUUCGAGGUUCCGCAGAACUUCGACGUGCUGCUCAAUUGCACCGGAAUGGGGGCCAAGGAGCUGUGCGGCGACCAGCACCUGGUUCCCAUCCGUGGGCAGGUGCUCAAGGUCCGGGCUCCCUGGGUGAAGACUGCCUUCUACGGCGACUACGAUACCUACGUCCUGCCCGGAUUCGAAACGGUAACACUGGGAGGAUGUCGCCAGUUCGACAGUUACAACACCGACUGGUGCAAGUACGACAGCAUGGCCAUUCGGGAGCGGUGCUACGACCUGUUGCCCAGUCUCCGGAAGGCGGAGAUCGUCCGGGAAUGUGUGGGCCUGCGUCCGCACCGCUCGGUGGUUCGGGUGGAACCGGAACUGAUCUCAAAUCCGGAGGGCAGGCGGCUGAAGAUCGUCCACAACUACGGACAUGGCGGCUACGGCGUGACUACGGCUCCCGGAACGGCCAAGUACGCCGUGGGAUUGGUGCGCGAUCUGCUGGCUGGAAACAGUAAACUGUAGGUGGUAAACUCGUUGUUAAUUGUUGGUCAUUAAACUCUUUAUACUCCGAA